UUUGGCGAGUAAUAACUGGAGACACAGACACAUUUACUCUUCAGGCGGACUUAAAUAAUAUGAUAAACUGGUCUAAAGAGUGGCUAAUGCCUAUCAACUCGGAAAAGUGUGUCUACAUGCACUUGGGGGAUUCAAAGGUUAAUACGUACAACAUAGGAGAUGUGUCAUUACCCGUAGUCCGGUCUCAUAAGGACCUAGGGGUGACCGUGAGCAAUGAUCUUAAGACGACGGCCCAUUGCCGGGAGGUCGCAGUUAAGGGGUUUCGAACCCUCUGGGCUUUAAAAAGGACAUUCACUAAGCUUGAUACUACCAUGUUCACCACAGUAUACACAUCCUUAGUGAGAACUAAGUUAGAGAACUGUGUUCAGGCUGCAAGCCCCUGUUUAAAAGGUGACUCAGACAUACUAGAAAAGGUACAGAGGGCAGCUACGCGUGCGAUUCCGGAACUCCGGGGUUUAUCAUAUGAAGAGCGGCUUGAAAAACUGAACCUCUUUACUCUGUCCUAUCGCAGACUAAGGGGAGAUCUAAUAUUGAUGUACAGAAUACUGAGAAAUGAUUUCGGACCUAACUUAUUCUCUCUCUUUCUUCCCACUAGAUCGGGACACCUCAGAGGACAUAGUAGGCGAGUAGAAAAGCCAAGAACGAACAAAAUACCUCUGGCAUACAGGUUUUCACACCGAGUCAUCAAUACUUGGAACCUGCUGCCUGAAGCAGUGGUAUCCGCACCUUCAAUUGACUCUUUCAAGAGAAGACUGGACACUCACAGAAGCAUACUAGAAAAGGAAUAACAUAGGCCGUAGGCCUUCUGUCCUUACUACACAAAUCUGAAAUCUGAAAUCAGUUAGCGCGCUUCACGAGAGUUGCGUUUCGAAUGUGCGACUGACGGUCAAGGAUAGGUCCAUUGAAGGCUUUAAGGAUGGUGCAGGAUGAAGUAACCCGUUCCAUAUCUCAAGGGGGCUGAAAGAGGGAGCAAGUAAAAGAAAACACGAGAGGCAGAGUAGCCAAUAUUCAUGAAGGAAUGUUUAAGGUAUUUGUUAAGAAAGAGCAUUUUAAUAGGUUAAAGAAAAUAAGUGUUGGCAAGGUGUGAGUGGACAUACAACUGACAAAUGGAGGCGAUUUGGAAAAGAGCUGAGAGUAUAAGAUUAUGUGUGAUUAUAAAAUAAAAUAUAGUGCUAGAAACAGUAUUGUGAUAUACAACUGGCUAUCUUCCUUUUAUCAUAGAAGCUAUUAGAGCCCCUUUCGUUUUUUAUUUGUUUUUUUUCAGGUUUUAUAGGGUCUUGAGUAGGCUUCGUAUAUUAGCGAAUUGUCUAGUUUGCUUUUAAUAGGAUUUCUGAGUAGGAAGUGAAACCAAUUCAACGUUCGUAACACGAUUUAAAGAGGUAUUUUGCGUGAUAGAUCAGCUUCAAUACCUUAAGUCCGUGACAUCCCACUAAACCAUAAGGAGGUCUUAGGUAGAAUUUGGGAACUGGACGUAAUCCCAUCUGACUGGUCUCAAUCACUGAUUGUGCCAGUUUUUAAGAAAGGACAAAAGUCCUCUUGUGACAAUCACAGAGGAAUCAGUUUGACAAUAUAGUGUCUAAAAUAUUAGCCUCAAUAAUACUUCGACGCCUAACUAAAGCUCGUGAAGAGCAGACUAGAGAAAACCAGGCUGGUUUUCGACCUGGACGUGGUUGUAUCGAUCAGAUAUUCACACUACGUCAGGUUCUAGAACACAGACACACAUUCAGACGCCCCACAAUGGUAGUAUUUCUCGACCUUAAGGCGGCAUUCGACUCCGUUGAUCGUGAGGUUCUAUGGCAGUGUUUGUCACUAAAAGGAGUACCAAAGAAGUACAUUAACCUUAUAAAGGCUCUCUACUCGAACACAACUGGUAGAGUGAGAGCUUAUGGCGAACUGUCAUCAGAAUUGAUUACCUCAAGUGGUGUUCGUCAGGGCUGUCCACUCUCUCCAUUCUUGUUCAACUUUGUCGUCGACGUACUUUUAGAGAUAACACUCUCCUCAUCUAAAUUUACAGGGGUUGAACUUCUACCAGGAGGUUCACUUGUUGACUUAGAAUAUGCAGAUGACAUAGUUUUAUUUGGUGAAGACGCUGACAAAAUGCAGAGUCUUCUGACCACUCUAAGCAACAAUGCAAGCAUGUUCGGCAUGCGAUUCUCUCCCUCGAAAUGCAAAAUGUUGCUUCAGGAUUGGGUUACAUCGACACCAGAACUAGUGAUAGGGAGUGAAGUAGUUGAGUGUGUCGACCGCUUCACUUAUCUUGGAAGUCUCAUCAGCCCUUGUGGUUUGGUGUGUGACGAAAUCUCAGCACGGAUACAGAAGGCUCGACUAGCUUUUGCCAACCUGCGUCAUUUAUGGCGUAGGCGAGAUAUCCGUCUAUCAACCAAAGGACGUGUUUACUGCGCAGCAGUUCGUUCCGUCCUACUUUAUGGCAGUGAAACAUGGCCGGUAAGAGUAGAGGAUAUCCGUAGGUUACUAGUAUUUGAUCAUAGGUGUCUUCGAAACAUUGCUCAUAUAUCAUGGGACCAUCGUGUAAGUAACACAGUUGUUAGGAAACGGGUACUAGGUAAGGAUGGCAAAUCAAUUGAUGAAGUAGUGAAACUUCAUCAGUUGAGAUGGCUGGGACACGUGUUACGUAUGCCCAACGACCGACUGCCUCGACGUGCUAUGUUCAGUGGUAUAGGAGUAGGUUGGAAGAAAGCUAGGGGCGGCCAAACCAAAACAUGGCACAAGUCCAUGAAGUCACUGACAAGUGAACUGAGUCAUGUUGGUAGGUGUAGACUACCUGGUUGGGGACCGCGAGAUGACAGCAACCGAUGGUUAGAGACCCUGAAUGACAUGGCUCAAAAUCGUUUGCAAUGGCGCAGGUGCAUCCACUCUCUGUGUUCUCCCAAAUUCUAAUCUUCUGAAUUCUUCAUGUCCCUUUUUUCCUCUUCCCAAAUUUCUUUCACUGGAUUAUACUCUUUAAAUAACAUCUCCAAACCCUAAUCUUCCCAAUUACUGCUUAUACUCUUAUUACCACUACCGGAUUUGAAUCGACAAGUGCAUCUCUGUGCUAAUGUGGUGUGGCAACUCGAACUGAUGUACGUACGUACGAAGUUCUACGUUGUUACUGACUGACUGACUGACUGAUAAGGAGCCGUAAUUAAACAAAAUGUUCUGCCCUACAGACAUGGGUGGAUUGAAGUUAUCUCCCCACCUUCAUGUUUGCUGGUCAGUAACGCCACCCUCCCUCCUUUUGUGAUGUUAGGCUCUCUUACGUUUGUGGUAAGUAUGAUUAAUGCUUUAAUCAAAGCACAUAGUUGGAAUACACUGUCUCUACUAGGUCCAUGUUACAAGCAAAUCAGAUAUUUAAAAAUUCUGUUUUAUGGGUUAGAUGUCCAUAUAGUAUAUCACACUGCUAUGAAAAUAACUAAUGGUUUAAAGAAGUAAGGAUUAAUAGUAAAUCAAAAGAUUUGAGAGGGUAUAAAAUUGUAG